AUGGGAAAAUCAAACAAGUUGCAUCUUAAAUUUAAUGUUACUAUUUCAGCUCAGUUUGGUAACUCUCCUAUCAAGGAAGAUGACUGGAACAUUGAACUGAAACUAAAGAGUGGUGAAAGAAAUAAUGAACUAAAAGAUGAUACAAAUAGAUUGUUUUUUACAAACAAAAACAAACAUGAUAUUAAUUCAUUUCAUUUCACACCAAACAAGUUACAUUCAAUCGAAGUCACAAUGUUAGGUACAGAUUCAAAACUACAUCAAAUCAAAUUGUGUUAUUCAACACCAAACUUUGCAAAAGGAGGGGACAAUACACCCACCGAUUUCACAGGAUUUGUGUCACAAUGUGAAUCAAUUACUCUUUUGGUCAAGGACAAAAAGGUCAUCCCUUUUUUCGAUGCUAUGCUUUUGUUCAAUCCUGAACUCAAGGGUAUUUAUGAUUGUUAUAAUGCGUUUCAAAAGAAGGGUCCUCCUAAAGAACCGUCCAAGAGUUCCCUUGGAUCACUUUUAAAGAGUGCUUACCACUCUGUCAAGGAUGCUUUGGUUGGAAAAUCAUGGGAUCUUGAGAGACUCCAUGACGUAUUACUAUUUAUUCAAGAAAAGACCUCUAUUAGUCAUUUGGAUUUAAAAACCAUUCAUCUUCCAAUGGUAGCUGAGUCAAAAAUCAUUUUCCCAGAUGAUGCCAAAUUAUACCAAGAGGAUUUUAUUAAAAAGGCAAUUAUAUCUAUUGCCGGAAAACACGAUAUGCUCGCAGUAUAUAUUGUUAUGAAAUUGGAUUUAUAUCAACCAAUCGAUGCAUUUAAAGUUUGUAAUUUAUUGGGAGACAUUAAAAAUGUAAAGCCUGCCUCUAUUUCCAAACAAUUCAUGUACCAAGACUAUGCAGACUCUGUCAAAGAAUUAUAUUUCAAGUUUUUACAAAAGAAUAUGGAAAACGAAAUGUUACUCGAGGAUUACAUCAUUCCUUUUGUUUUCAAAUCUUAUCAGUUAGGGUUGGUACCAGAUGGAAUAAUGAACCAUUUUUUCAAGAUGGCUAUUGGCAUCAAUUUGUUUCAAAACUCAAGAUCAAAUGUUUUGGAUUCAUUCAGCGACAUGACAAACCCAAACAAAUUAAAAUUCCUUCAAGAAUUAAUCAAAUCGACCAAAUUUACAGUAGAAAUGACUUUGGAGGAAUUAUCAUAUGGUUUGGAUAAUAUAUAUGUUUUGAUGAAAAAAUAUAGCAAUCCAGAUGCUUUAUUAAAUUUAAUCAAAUCCGUUGAUUUUACAACUGAGCAAUUAGUUUGUAUAUAUGGAAAAGUAAAAGAUAUUUCUCCUGAAGCAAAAAAGUAUUUAUUAGGUAUAUUUUUAACCCAAUAUCCAUCUUUAUUGGUUGAUAUUCUCUUGGAACCAAUCAUCAAACAGAAUGAUGAUAAUACAUCCUCAUCGCAGAGUGACAUUCAAACUACUAGUACAUCUAGUACUAGUACAAGUACUACGACUACCACUACUAGUACGGCUACUACCACUUCGACCAUGCAAAACAAUGACAAUAAUGAGAACAUUAAGAAAAUUGGAAAAGAAUUCUCAUCUCUGUUGGUUUCAUCGAUUCAAAAGAAUGGAUUACUUAAAUACAAAAUUUUAUUUGAAAACAAUAGUAUAAAACCAUUUUUUGAAGGUGCAAUGGCCUCAAUUAAAGAUUUGAAGCUCAAGGAAGAAGAUAUCAAAUAUCUAUUUUCUCAACACACCGAUUCUAGUUCAAUUCUUGUACAACUCCAAAAAAUUUAUUUGAAAUCAACCGAUGUGAUGGAUUUUGUAAAGUUGUCGCUAUGUGUCCCAGAGUUUGAUGACAUCAAUGUACAAACUUGCAUUACCAAAGCAAAAUCAUACAAAAAGACAUAUGAUAUAUCAAAUUAUGAAUUUGAUUUUGUAAACAAAUAUCCAAAUGUUAGACUGGAUAUAGAUGGCUUUAAGAAAUAUUAUGAAAUUGUAAAAAAGAUUCAUGAUUGGGAGGAAUAUGAUAUCAAAAAUGCAGAGCCACCAUACCCUCUGACUCUUAUUUUUAUAAUGAUAUCAAAUUAUCGAUUAAAAAAACAAUUUGAGUCAAGAGAUAUGAAAUACAUCGAUAUUAGAGAACUUAAAAAGGGACUCUCCCUUUUGAACCAAUCAUAUAUCCCAACAAAUAAUCAAGGAAACAGUUUAUCACAAAUUCUUCAAGGUGGAUUGUUGGACAACAAUUUCAGACACUGGCCAGAAGAAACUCUUUCAUACAAGGAAUCUUCUAAAAAGAUCCAAAUCAAAUGUGAAGAAUAUAUCAAAGGAUUUAGAGAUUCAUAUGACCAAACCGAUAAAAAUAAUAAUAAUAAUUAUGUCGAACUUGUAAAGAUUUGUAAUGUGGUUUUUGGAACAUCUUACUCGGAUGAAACUCAAUCAAUUCUCCAAGAAUCUUUAGAUGUUCAACAUAGUGUUAGUAUGCUAAGAGUAGCAGUAUCGGUAUUAACAAAGAAAUUUGGGUUUGAAUUCUACCGAAACGAUCCAACUGACCAGAGACUUGAAACAUUACGUCGUUUCAAAACAAAAUUAAUUGAACAAAUACACACAAAUAGUGGUAAAAAAGAAAAUUACAAAGUCAAGGAUGCUACAACAAUCGAAUUGAUUGGUACUUUUGGCAACAACAAAUUCUUUGAAAUUGUAUUGGAUCAUUUUUUAGAGCCAAAACAAGUCCGUGAGAACCAAUACCAAUCAAUCGACUCUAUCAUCCAAUUUGUUUUCAAUUAUUUGGAGCAAAUAAUGAAACAAGAUUCAACCAUCAAGAUCAAUACAAUCUUUUCAAACAUUUUGGAACUCAAAAAGUCACAACCACUUGCAUUCAAUAAUGAUAUCCGAUCAAUUUAUCAUCAUUUCUUUAAAGAUGACAAGAUAAUGGAUAAUAAUAAUAAUAUCCAUUCAGUAUUUGAAUUUUUGGACAAGGCUGCAACCAUUUAUGGUUUCAACAAAAACAUCAAUCAUCUUUAUACAUUUUUCGAAGAAAAUGAUUAUGUUGUUGUAAAUGGAUUGGAUAAAUUCAAAGAUCACAUCCAAGCUCUCUUGGCCAACAACAACAAUGCCACCAAUGAUUUAUCCAAAACAGCUGCAUUAUAUGCUCAACUCUCACAACUUACAGGUGGACUCAAAUAUGGCCAAUUAGAGUUUUUUGGUUGUAUCCACAAGGAUGUAAUCGAGUUUUAUGCUGCUUUUGGUGAUAAAAAGGCAUUUGAUCAAAAGAAUGGAAUUAUUACAUCAAAUCUUAUUGAUAAUUCUGUCAGUUCAGAUCUACACAGCAGGGUCAUCAAUGCCUAUGACCAUUUAGCUCCAUUUAUUACAUUAUACCAAAAAAAGAAUAUUUCUUUUAACUCGCCAACUGAUUUUUGUAGAGAGAUUGGUAAAUCAAUUUCACUCUUGACAGAUGCUAAAUUAAAAAAUAUUAUUGAUAUUAUUAUCAAUGUUAAAGAUAAAAUUGAUCCAAUUAGAGGAUUAUAUACAGCAAAUAGUGGAACAUAUAGUUCAGAAUCAAUUUUACCAACUGUUUCAUUGAUAUUAAAAGAUUCAAUAUUUAAAUCAAGAUCAUCAAAAUGUGAAUCUGGAUCGAUUGGUUGGGAAGUAGAAUUACCAAAUUCAAAUACUAUAUUUGGUUCCUCAAACAUUGUCGAUUUUGAUCAAGGUUUAUCAUUUUUUGUCACUCAGAAACUUGACAAGGAUAAAGAACUUACUAUUGAAUUGUUUACGGAUCUAGUUACUAGAUUUAAAGAAAUUCAUGAUCUUCAUUUAGAAUUGGAUAGAAUUUAUCAUCCAGAUUAUUUUGAUGGUAAAAUUGAACAAGAUAUAAAAAAUUAUGUAGCCUAUGAUUUGGAAGAAUUAUUGGGUCGAUUAACAAAUGAUUUCCAUAACUGGAAGAGUUCAAUCAAUCGAUUACCAAAUGAACUCUUAUUAUUAAGAGCUCAUGGGUUAUCAUCACUUAUCCAAGUCUACAAGGAUAUUACAUCGUAUGAUUAUACAAUCCCCAAGUUGGCCACUGCCAUCUCUCCAUACCUCAUUUAUUGUUUCCCAAAACUAUCAACAAGUGCAAUCAUUCAAAUCUUGGGUGCAAACGAUCAAAUUACUCGUGGUAUGAACUAUGAAGAUUUCUUUGUCGCCUUUGUAGAGAUGAUUAAAGAAAAGGAUUUCUCUGAUGUUUUUGACUAUGUUGGAAGUCGUUAUGAAAGAGGUGUACAAUACUUGUCGUUGGCCAAUACCCCAGACCAAUUAUUUAAUGUAUUGUUACAAUUAAAUAAUAAUGUAUUGCCACAUCCAUCACAAAUCUUUUAUGGAUCACGAUUCAGUCAAGAUCACGAGUACUUUAAGUCAUUGGCCACCAAAGUACCAGAGUCUACCUUGUUUUUGGUUGGCAUGCCAGAUCAAAUGUCCAAACUCAUUCAAUGGUUGUCUGACCAUUACGAAGAACAAACAAAUGAUGGACUUGGUCGAGUUUACAUCAUAUCGAUGGAACAAAACGAUGGUGGUGAACAAUUCAACUUUUUGCCAACCUAUGAUCAAAAGUUGGACGGUUCUUGGACAAACUUUAAAAAGUCUUGGACCACCACACAUACCGGUCCAAAGGGUAUUAGUGGUGUAACCUCUUUAAACUUGGUAUAUGGUCAUAGUGGUAGUGGAAAGACACACUAUGUUCGUAAAUGGGCAUCUCGUGCAAGACCCGAUCAACUCUGUACCCUUUACAUGAGACCAAAUUUCGAAACUAGUACUUUGAUUGAUUUCUUUCAAUCUAGAAUCGAGACUGGUCAAAAAACAGAGUCAAUGUUACAUAUCAAACUAUCACCAUAUUGUAAUUUCUCUGAUUUUUCUCAAUUCAUCUACCCAAUCAUUACACAUGGAUUCGUUAUUGGUGAUCAAGUUGGAUCGAUUGUCAAUAUUAGUGAAAACUUUUCACUUCAUAUUUUCGUCGAGAUUGGUGAUGCCAAUACAGACUCUGAUCUAAAGUUUAAUGAUUAUUUGCCAUAUGUUCAGAAUUCAAUCCCACUCGUCUGGCAAUUGGCUACCCAUCAUGCACAUAAUCUAGAAUGGGAGGUUGGAGUUGAAGAGGCCAAGUGUAUUCGUUACUGCAAUGCUCAAAACAUGGCAACUCUCCUCCCCAUUUUAUCACAAAUUGCUCGUGGUGUUGGAGGUCAAAAUUAUACACCAGACUAUCUGUCACACCCUGGAUACUACUCUCAAAUCAGAAACAUGUUUUUGUUGUUGAACGAUCGAAUCAACUAUCAUGAAAAGAUUUAUACUCCCUAUUAUGCAGAGUUGAGAGCUCAGUAUCCAGCCGCUUGUAAUAGUCUCUUGUCACCACAAGAUCUUCUUAGAAUAUUCGUUUAUGAAGCUGUCAAAUUGUCAGACCCUCAAUUCUCAUCACUCAAGAUGCUUUAUGAAGCACCUCCCAUCCUAACAAGUUUUUCCAAAGUCAUGAACGAGUCAAAUGCCGAAGAAUUGAAAGCUCAAAUUGAAUUCUUGGACUUUACCAAACCAUCUAGUCCUCUAGCUAUGAAUAUCAAGCAUCUAGAUGCUAGAUUUGAUCAUGAAAAAUGUGUUUCCGAGCCACACCAUUUCCUAACUGCAAUUGCAAAUGCUUUUGAUAUUUCUUAUGAAACUUCAAUCAUUAAUAAUUUAUGUCAACAAUUUACAUUUGUAAUGACAGCAGAUUUUGCAUCAAGAUUAAUUAUUUUACAUCAAAAAGUAAAGAAUCAAUCUGGUAUUAUUCUAUGUGGUGAUACAGGUACUGGUAAAUCCUAUCUCUUGUUGUUUUAUUCAUUAUUGGUCAAUGCUAGAAACAAUCAAUUACCAGAUAUCCUAUUUUCAUUGGUCGAAAGAAUCAAUACUUUUAUUACAAGUUAUAGUCGAACCACUGUCGACAAAAUUCCAAAGGAUAAUAUUACAAAGGAAAUAAUAUUCUCUACAUUGUUGGCAUUGGAACAAGGAAACGCUGUACCAAGAGGUUUGGGUGACAUGCAAAAUCAAAUGUUGCAACAACAAAAUGAAUUGGAAAAGACAAACCUGUACUCUUCCAUUGAAGAGGAAAUUAGAAAGUUGUUGAAAAAGUAUGAAUUGAUUGAAAUACCAGACAACAAUAGUAUACUUGCCAAUAUCAAGAAACAAGGAAAGAACAUCAUCGAUAGAGAUACUCUACUUGGAGCGGUCAAGGAACUUGCCAAUGUCAAAUUCUCGAGUCUCUACACUCGUACAGUCAUGCAUCAAAAAUUCUCUAGUGAUAUGUUUAUCAAAUUUGUAAACGAUAUUAUAGAUGAAGCAAAGAGAUUGGCAAAGAUUGAUAAGAAUCUCAAAAAGGUUGUCUUUAUCGAUGAAUUCAAUACUUGUCCAAGUGAUACCUUGUCUCUUAUAUCAGAGGUAUUUUGUGAAAACAGUUUAGAUGGUACUCCAUUACCAAAGAAUAUAUUCUUUGUUGGUGCCAUGAAUCCUAAGCAUAUUAUUCGUCAUCAAGACAACAACAACAAUAAUAAUAAUAAUAAUAAUAAUAAUAAUAAUAAUAAUAAUAAUAAUAAUAAUAAUAAUAAUAUAGUUUAUAAACCAAUAUUUGCUCCAAAAAGUCAACAACCUCUAGAACAAUCACAACCAAAACAACAACAACCAAAGAUUAUAACAUCAAUUGAUUUUACAGGACAAUUAACAGUUACAAGUCAUAUGGAUUUUGUUGUUAGUAAUGAACCACCAUCAAUGACUAAUCUUAUUAUGAAUUUUGGUACAUUCUCUGAAGAACAAGAACCAGAGUUUAUUAGAAGCUUAUUCCGACUCAAACCUAUUGGUAAUGAUCAAGAAUCACUCAUUGAAUUCUUGUUACUUGGUCAAAAGGAAUUACGUGCUGUUGGUGAAAUGCGUGUACAUGUCUCUAUUAGAGAUAUAUUUAGAGCUAUUGGUACAUACCGAUUUUUCAUGUAUGACCCGGCUGGUCAAGCCAUCCUCAAGUGUGCCAUCACCAAACCUAAAAACGACAAGGAGUUUGGUGAUAUGGAAGACACUGAUGCUAUUAGACAUUGGAUGGCAAUUAUUUGUAGCAUGUCUAUGAACUAUUUGUUUAGAGUCGGUCCGAGCAAGAGACAAAGAAUGUUGCUCGCCUUUAACGCUUUUAUCAAGAAAAAGGUGGGUCAAGAUAUUAAAUGUGAUUCCAUGUUUAAACAUAUCUAUAACAAUUUUUGUAUCAGUUCAACGUUGCCUGUUGGUAUUGCUCUGACAGAUGCAUUACAACUCAACAUGUUUUUCAUGGUUGUUUGUCUAUGCUGUAAUAUACCCACUUGUAUUGUCGGUCCGCCAGGUUGCUCAAAGACUCUUUCAUUUAGUUUGGUUGUUGACAAUAUGACUAUUAGCAACAAGCAUGCCUCUGACGACGCUUCUCCUUGGACGAAAAUGCCAAAUAUCCAACCAUUCCGUUCACAGUGCACCCAACAUACCACCGAUUCGGAAAUUCAAAAGAGAUUUGAACAAGCACUUCAAAGACAACGAUCGUACAAGGCUAGUGGAAACACUAAUCAAACCAAAUGUUGUGCAUUCUUUGAUGAAGCUGGUCUCGUCGAUGAAUCAUCAAAACCAAUGAAAGUGAUGCACGAUUAUUUGGAUAAAUAUACCAGUUCCUCCUGUUCGUCUGAAAAGGAUGAAGCCAGCAUUGGUAUUAUUAUUCUAAGUAACAAAGUACUUGAUGCUGCCAAGACCAACAGAAUGAUGCUGCUUAUUCAUCAUGACCAAAUCACAGCAGAAGAUGAAAAGGCAUUGGUCGCAGGUUGUUUGUACAACAAUGAAAAGUUGUCGGCUAGUCGUGUAAAGAUAUGUGACGCACUGUGUCGCGGCUACCAUCAAGUAAAUGAAUUUUCAAAGUCUACCAAAAACCAACUCUACCACCAAAGAGACUUUGUCUUCUUCCUUCGUCAUUUGGCUCGUGGUAUUGAAAAAGAAGGUCUCACUCCCAAGGUACUGUUAAAAUCGUUGGAGAGACAUUUCAAUGGUGUGCCAUUACCUGAAUUCAAGAAAUUGGCAACCAUGUUCUUUACCGAGAUGAGUAAAGAGGAAUCUCAUUUUGCAAUCAACGCGACCACUAUGGCAUUGAUUGAAAAGGACAAUACCAUUGCUCGAAUCAAAGAAUCAUUGACCGAGAAAUUUACAGUUGAUGAUGAUCCAAGUACUUGUGUAUUUAGAUAUAUGAUGUUGAUUGAUCCAACUGAAAAUGAAGCAUCAUUAUCUCUUCUCAAGGAAAUGGGUAUUAAACACAAGAUUAUUAGGGUUGGUGGUUUCGCUGAAGACGUUGAUCCUGAAUCUCUUGUAAAGGUGGUCACUCAAAUCAAGAAUGAAAUGUCGGUUGGUGGUGUGGUUGUAUUGGUCAAUACACAAUUGAUUGAUGCUUGUUUCUAUGAUGUCAUCAAUCGCUACUUUCAAUCAUCACCCAAAAACAAUGGAGACAAAGAGUUUGUGGCAAAUGUUAGUUUUGGUACACAUGCAACACUUUGUAGUGUUCAUCCAGACUUUAGAAUCAUUGUUCAUAUUCCACAAUCACGUCUCUCUCAAACUCCUCUACCAUGGUUUAAUCGUUUUGAAAAGUAUCAAUUGUCAAUCGACAAUAUGAUGAAUCAUUAUUUGGAUGAACAAAAUCAUAAACCAAACAACUAUACAGGUGAUCUGUUAAAACUUGCGGCCAACCUCAAACAAUCGGCCAAUCAUUUUGUCGAUACAUUCCACACUAAAAACUCCAAUUCAACACUCUUGUCUGGUUUCUCAAACGAGACUGUAUCAUCAUUGGUCUAUACAUUUAUUAAAGAGGUGGUUGAAAAGGGUAGACCAUACAAUGUAUUGCCGUAUCGUACAGAUGAUCAAGAUUUCUUGGUUAAGGAAAGAUCAAGAGUAUCGGCAGCCACUUAUCGUGAAUUAAAUUGGAAACUAUUACAAAUUGCAAGACCUGAAAUCAUAUUCCAUUCUCCAAAUCAUGGUAUGGAUAUCAGUUAUAUGGAAGAAUAUAUCAAUAGACAGGAACAUUUCAAUACUCUACGUUUUCUUCAUCAUUUAUUUGAUCAAUUUUCAAAUAGAAUAGAAAUUGAUAAUGUACCUCAACCAAUCGCACCAAAUAACAAGUGGGUCAUUUAUACUCGUACCACCCAAACUCUUACACAAACCCUCAAAGAUAGUAUCAAUUUGGAUAGAUUAAAAGAAAUUUUAUUAUAUCCCAUUCAAAUUGAUGCAAAGAUUAAAAAGAGUUCAAUGUUGGAAAUUAUUCAACUUGGUAGUUUCAAAUCAUCAUUACAAUGUAGUCAAAUGGUUCAAGAGAUGAAACAAAACACAAAGACAAAGAUAUUUAUUGGUGUUGCUGAUUGUUCAAUUGUCAAUCAACAUCAAAUCAAUUUCUUUAUGGAUCAUUUCUCUGACUUGAAAUCAGACAAGUUAUUUGUACUAUUAUGUCACUAUCCACCAGAAUCAUCUGUAUCAAAUAGUAAUAGAUUGAACAGUAUAUUCUUGAAUGGUUUUGAAUAUGUAUACAUUGACUCGCUGGGUAUUAGAAUUGAUCGAUCUCUAUUGGAACACUCACCAAUGAAAGAAUUAGAGACAGACUUUAGAUCACUGAUUUCAAAGUCUUAUGGUUUGAAUGUACCAAUUGAUCCAAAUCAUGUUGGUGAAAUAUUCAAAACUCUCUUUUUCAAACAUCUUGCAAACUCUGCCACUCAAAUGUUGACUGGUAACAAUAAUCUCAAUAUCAAUCGUCUACCAACUAGAGAAGAGAGAGAAUUUUAUCACAAAAAGUCAACUCGUUCAGACUAUAUUAUUCAACUGUUUGAACGUCAUCCAGAUUGGUAUAAUCCCAUCAUUGCUAUAUUUAUAGAUAAAUGGGAUAGAGAGGAUAUAUUUAAAGACAUUAUUUUAAAUAUUUCAAAUUUAAUAGCAACUGGUAAAUUGGUAGCAUCCUUUAUUGAUGCCAUUCGUUCAUCGAUUGAUACAUUCCUCUAUCCAGUUGUAUCACAAAUUCUCAAGAUUAUUUUGAAUCAUCUUGCUUUUGGUACCGUCUAUCAUCACGUUGAACCAAAAUCACCAACCGAAAAAAUUGUUACUCUAUUCUUACACUCUGUAAAGAUCCCAAGUUUAUCAAAGGAUAUUGAAGAGAGAUUAGAACCAAUUCAAUUGACAAUGACUGGUCCCAAAUUUAAACCAAGUCAAUUCCCACUGUUUGACUCUAUUUGGUCAGUCUUGACAUCGGCUUUUGAUUUUGUCAAUUCUGAUAAUCAAAAAGAUCGUACCCAAACAAAUUUAAUGGCUGAAUAUAUGAAACAUAUUAAAGGUCAUCAAAUUGGAAAACUCGUAGAUUAUAUCAACGAUGAUACGACCUUGUCAAGAUCAUUCAAAUCUGAUUUUGUGACAAGAAGUUUAAUGUUUGCACCAGAAUGGACAGAGUUUAUCAUUGGUGUUAUCGAUCAUCUUUCACCGAUCCGAACAAACUCUAUUUUGAAAUAUGUUACACUUAAACAAUACCAUUCUGAUCUUUUGGUAUUUUUAAUGCACAUGAUUCAACCAAUCACAAAUCUUCAAGGCGUCGAUAUCAACCAAUUGAUCAAUUCUUUUAUUGAAAAGUUUGAUGAAAAUCAAACACCAGAAUUGGUAAAGACUGUAAAUAUCAAGAAAACAAUCACUCAAACAAGUCUUGAUAUUUUAAUGGAAGAGAUUAGACAAUUGUAUAAUAAUGUUAAUAGUCCAAUGAGAACAACUCAAGAUGAUAUUACUAUUACGAGUCGUACAGUUGAUGAUGAAUUUUUAGAUAUCAUGGUAUCAUGGUCAUCAGUGGUAAAAGAAAUUCUAAAUAGAAUUCAUAUUCAAGAUAUUAUUAAAGAGAGUAGUGGUAGUACAGGUGGUGGUGUAUUCAGAAAGAAAGUUGAUAAUAAUAAUAGUAAUAUUGCAAAUGCUAUUGUUAUUCAUAUUCAUUAUCAAUUAUUUAUGAAUAUUUCAAUCAAUGUCAAAGAUAUUGGUAUUGUAAAGAAAAUGUUGGCCAUUAUAUUUUCACAAACCCCCAUUCAAUCAACUACAUUGGCACCGAUUUUUGAAUGGUUGGCAAUUGUAAACGCAAGAUUACACGAAAGAGAAUUACCAAUCAUUCCAAUCAAUUGUAUUUUGGAUAUUAUUGAACCAGUGAUUUCAAGUUCACAAAACAAUACUAUAGAGUUUAUUCAUCUAUUGGCAGGAGAUAAAAAUAGAUUCCCAAGAUUAGAUCAUUUUAUGAUUCCAUUUGGAUGGUCUUGUGAAAUGAUGAAACUUUUACUCGUUUCCAAUACAACACAACUAAUAGUUAAAACAACAACCAACCAACUAUUGACCAAUGGUAAUGAUUUUAUCAACCCAACACUUGUUACAAUGCAUGAUAAACCAAAUACCAAGUUGGCAGAGUUUUACAAAUUGACAAGAAUCCCAGAGAAUAAUCAAUUGUUUAAUAUUGUUUAUUUUGGACUUUUGGCACAACCAAUUGGAAAGAAUCUUAAAAGAGAUCAAUUAUUCCAUACUCUUCGUAAUCAACAAGAUGUAUACUCUAAAAUCGAAUAUUUUGUAAUGUCUAGACAAUAUCUCGAUGAGAUUCUCAUCCCAAUUCUCAAUCAAGAUCAACUUGAACUCAUUGUUGAAACUCAUCCUCAACUACCAAUACUACAGUCCAUACUUUCAAUACAAACUGGUACAGUUCACGGUGGUGAAAGAGAGAUUUGCAAUCGUCGUGCAAAUCAUGCAUACCUCUUUAACAAAAUUCAAAACGAACAAGUAUUGACCAAGUUUUUAAAGUCGAAUCAUUGUUUGACUCUUCUGGGAAUUAAAGAGUAUCUUGUAAAGGAUGAUAAUAUAUCAGUGAAUCUUUCACAAUUUUCAUUUGUAGUGGAUAGAGAAACAACAGAUGGACAAUUCUAUCAAACUUUGGAGAACAUUGUCAAAACAAAUGACGCUCCAUCAUUGGAAGGAUUGGUUAAUAGAAUUUUGGCACACCAACAUAGACCUCGAUAUAUUGGUUUCUUUAGAAUGUCAUUGUUCCUCAUUACCUAUUCAGUCUAUAUUGAAGGAAAUACAAAUGCACUAAAAUUUGUAAAGAUAAUUUUAUCAGACAUUAAUAUAGUCAAUGCCUUGGGAUUCCAACCAUAUAUUGUCUACUUUAAUUUCAUUCUCAAUGGCACCUUUAACAGAGUCAAUAGAGAUUUUGAUAAUAUAUUGGUUGCUAGAAACGACAAGUGUCUAGAGGAUAGAUCAGCAGCCCAAACAUUGGUAAAUGUUGCAGCCGUUGCCAUUGGAUGUUCACCCAACCAUUACCUUUUUAAUAUAAUGAUCAAUCCAGGAAUGGUGUGCCUUCGUCCAUACAUUGCAAACGAGACUAUUUUCAAGGAUUGUGGUAUGAAAUAUAGAGACCACGACUCUCAGGAAAUUAUCCCAACAACAAAUAGUAUGGGAGGAAAUAUCCUCAACAAGUUUAUUGUAACGACAACAUCAUGGGGUGCCAUGGCAUGGAGUACGAUAAACCCAAAUCAUCUUGGAACCAUACAACAAAUCAUGUCAUAUUAUCGUGCAGAUGAUGUCUCUCCAAGAAAUUUUGUCUCACUCCGAAGUCUCACAUCCUUUGGUGAAAUCGUCAAGAACCAAAUGAUUCAAAACCAACAUAUCGAUGCUUCUCACUUGGUCAAUGAAUUCUUGUAUCGAGUUUGGGAUCAAUCCUAUGUUAAUCCAAACGCUUCUAUGAGAUCGUCAUUCCUUGAACCUCAGAUUCGUCCAUGUGAAGAAUAUUUAACCAGUAUCAUCAAUGGAAUCAAUCAGCAAUACCAACCACUCAAACAACAUCGAAUCGAUUUGGUAAAGAAUCAAGAUUCGACCCUCAAAAGGAUUCAAUCGUUGAGAAUGAAAUACUCUCUCUAUUUCAACUCACCAUUCUUUGGUUUAGAGGACAUUCACCAUCUUAUUAGUAGUGGACCACUGGACAAUUCAAAUCCUCUCUUGUUGUUCUUCUCUGCCAACAUUGCCCAACUAUGUUUGUCAUCGGAUAUACCAACAUUGAUCAACUUUUUAAAUAUUCUGUUCUCAAGUUUUAAUAGAAGAUUACCACAAGACUAUGCAAAUUACUCUAUUCCUCAAUGUAUAGACUUUUUGGCAAAAGUAGAAUCAUUUGAAACGAUUGCAUCGAUACGAUGUGCUUGGGACAAUGUUAAACAAGCUUGGGUUCGCAUUUUAAAGCAUCUCAAUACAAUGGAAGGUGGAUGUCAAGAAAGACCAGAUUACGAAAAGAUUAUUCAAACCAUUGACGAUCAAACACCACUUCAAGCUUUAAUCUAUACAAAAGAUAAUGGUGAUGGUAUCAUCAUUACUCUUAUUAGUAAUUGGUUAGAACAAUAUCAAUCCAAAACAAUAGAUCUUCGUAAUCAAAUGGUCAAAACCAAAUUGUUUGGUGAUAUUAUUCAACCAUUGGUUCAGAGUCAAUUAGAUUCAAAGGUUCUAACAACAAUUCCUUAUGAUUAUGGUGAGAAUUAUUUAUUGGUUGGUUCAAAUCUCAAGGUUCAAGAAUUUAUCCAAUUCUUGUCAAGUUCAGCUUCUCAAUACCUCUGCUCUAGUGAUAGAAACAAGUUUUCACCAGACUUUGGUUCCAUUCAAAACAAAUUGGUAUGUCACUUUUUAUGUGGCAAAACGGAACAAUACUCUAUGAAUAUGUAUAGAAUUGAUUUCCCAUUUAUCCAUACCGAUGUACAUCAUCAUCAUAUGUACAAUAAUAAUGAAAAGUCAACUAUUCCUUUGAUUCAUGAUCCACUCAAGACUCAAUCAAUCAAGGAUCUACAAUUACUCAAAGAUAAAUUGGACAAUACCUAUUUUGGAGAGAGAAUCAAAGAAGAUGUCAAGAUUAAAUUGAUGACCUAUUGUAAAUCUAAUCAUAUUGAACAAGUUGCAAGAUAUCUCAUUUCAAUUAUCACAUUGAUUAAAAGUGACUCUAAGCAACAAAAAAAAGAUUUAUUCAAGAAUAGUCUUGAAUUACCAAUAUUUGGAUAUGGAGAUAUGAAGGGAAUUAAAUUGGUAUUGGAUGACAAGGCAAAAAAAUUAUUGGAUUCAAUAACAGUCUCACGUCUUAUUAGCGUGAUUGAUAUUGUGGUUGAUGGAUACUUUGGAUGUGGUUAUCUUUACUCGACUGUUGUCAAUGAACCACCAAAACCAGAUCUUGUCAUUAUGGAAUCACUCGGUCACAUUAAAGAUAUUGUCUCUCAAAAUGUUCAAGGUAAUAAUCUAUUGGCAAAAGAUUGGCUCAACUAUCUAAAGAGUGUAUUGGAUCAAUUAAACUCUGUAGGAUGUAGAAGAACCGUUUCAACCACCAAACCAAAUGACCCAUUAUCACCAUACAUCUUCCCAUACGUUGAAUCUAUUCAACUACCAAAUGGCCUUCAUUCUUUUAAACAAUUGGUACCGACAAACAUGGUUAUUUCAUAUUAUCCCAUCUUUAUGAGAACGAUUCACGAGAAUAUUUCUCUUGUCUAUAUUUCAUUACAAGAGAUGCACAAGAACCAGAAUCAAUAUCAAGAACCAUUUGCUAGGGAAGAAGAUCAAAAUUUAGACGAUUUUGAUAUGAAUUCAUCAUCAUCGGACGACACAAUUACAGCCCAGUUAACUUCUGAUUCCGAAUCUUUCCAAGAUGAUUAUAGUUAUCAAGAUGAAUCAUUUGGAUCAGAUACAGAUGAUGACUACGACGAUGACUCUGACGACGAAACAAGUGAUGACAUGGAUCAAGAGAACAGCUAUGAUGACAUGGACCACCAGAUUAACCUUGUAACUAUUCAAUACCACGACGAUACCAAACCUUUUGUUCCUCUUUUAUGGACUUGGAUUGGAUUUAAUAAUAGUGUCAUCAAUAAUGUUUCAGGAACAUACAACAAGGACAAACAAAAACUAUGCAAUCUACUUGGUCGAUUCUACAAAAAGUCAACCCUAUUUGGAAAGAGACAUUGUCAACCAAUCAAUGUAGAUGGUAUAAUGGGUGAACUUUGUAAAAUAAUCAACCCACAAAUGUUAAAUGAUCCUUCCUCUUGUUUGACCGAGAUCUUAUUGAAUAUUGACAAGGAAUCAAAAAAUUUGAUCUACAAAACAGAGUAUUGUUGUCCAAAAUGUCAAUCCCCACUCUCUACUAUCAGAAAUGAAUCAAUUUUUGUCUAUAAUCAAGAAAGAGAUACAAAUGUCCUUUCAAUCAUUAAGCAUUCAAUUAAAGAUUCUUUCUAUUCUUUACCUGUUAAAACAUGUAACAAAUGUCAAAAUGUCUCUAUUCCAAUGGUAAGAUUGGCUGAAUUCCCAACUUAUAUUAUUAUUAGAGUCGAGAGAACACAAGAUUAUAGAGUAGAAGCAUUUGAUGUACAAGUAAACCUUGGUGAAAUUUACAAUGAUUCAAGAGACUUUAUUUAUGGUCUCAAUUCUAUAAUGUAUCAAGAUGGAAGUAGUUUAGAGAUGAUGUAUGAUGAUACUGUAUUUGGAAGAGUUCUUUCAAAUGGAUUCAAAACAAAAGUAUUAUCACAAGACCAAGAAAUCAACCAACAAGUCAAAGAGAUGAAUUCUCUCAUGAUGAUAUUCAAGCUACAUACAAAUAGACCAAGAAUUCAAGAACCCUUGUUUGAUUCUUCUAUUCCAUCAUCAGACCCAAUGAGUUCUGAAUAA